AUCAUUUGUCACAAUGAGAGCAGCCACUGGUUGCGAUGCGAUGAGAUGCGAGCCUGCAUCCAUUAGAGACCGACAUCUCUCUAUGUAACUCUUUCAUGGUUGAGCGAAGGGGUGUGUGUCUAUUUUGCAGGAUUUUAUUCAUUCGAGCACUAUUGCUAUUGCUUCAGGUGUCACUGACUUGCUCCCUUUAAAACUGAGGUUUUUGAUACCACCCUGAAUUGGAUACCAUAAACAGUGAGGACCUGAGAUUUGAAUAGCCUUUUAAUGACUUGAGGAGAUGCACGCAAGCUACAGUUGAUGAUUUUGUGUAAUUUGUGAGUUGUACACAGGGCCUUUCAUAAUGUCAGGCAUCACUGGUCCCCCUCAAAUGUAUAAUGUCUACAUGGAGGACAUGAGUUUUGAACAGCUUUUCAUUAUUGACUAGAUGAGAUUUGUCUGAAUGCAAGGUGCAUUUUUAUAAAUUUUGAGUAAUUUGUGAUUCAGGUUGUUUGAAUGUACUUUUGUUCAGAUGUCUGACUGGCCGCCUCACAGAGAGGUUUAUAAUGACAAUGUUUAUUUUCUUACCCUUAUUAUUGGAUUCCAUCUACAGUGAGGACGAGUUUUGAACAGUAUUAAAUUAUUCUUGCAGGGAUAUCCAUGGUUAUACAGUAGCAAGGUAGUGAGGAAAUCAACAGAAUCUUGUGGUUUCAAUCCCUGGUUGGAAGCAACAUUUACUGCAGUGCUCUGCUGUCUAACAAGUGUGAACAUCUGCGAGUGUGAACAUACUGCAUUUGAACAGUGUUACAGAAUGGCAGAUGGUGGAGUUGAUAUUGAAGGUGCACGGAAGGAGCGUUCAGGCUCAAUCUCUUCGGACGUUUCGUCAGACGAUGAUUCAGCGUGGUCAACCUGCUCAGAGCACAGUCUUCAGUUUUGUGGAAAAGGAGGCUUAAUAAAAGUUCCUCCCAUUCCAGAUUUUGGAAGUGGUCUUGUCAAACCAGCCACUCUAGACGGGUCGUUAGAAUCGGAACAGGAGAAGCAGAGAUGGGAUUUUACACCAGUCACGUUCGACCAAGCAAAGUCAGGUGCAGUACAGCGUCCUGUUCGAGUUUAUGCAGAUGGUAUUUUCGACCUCUUCCACGCAGGGCAUGCAAGAGUUCUCAUGCAAGCUAAGAAUGCCUUCCCCAAUACAUACCUUUUGGUUGGAGUGUGUAACGAUGAACUGACUCAUAGAAACAAAGGCAACACCGUUAUGAAUGAGUGGGAACGUUAUGAAGCUGUCAGACACAACAGAUAUGUGGAUGAAAUCAUUCGGGAUGCACCAUGGACUCUUACAGCGGACUUUCUUGAGAAACACAAGAUUGACUUUGUAGCCCACGACGAUGUGCCCUACGGAGCUUCAGGCACAGAGGACGUCUACAAAGACAUCAAAGCGGCCGGAAAAUUUGUCGCUACGAAGAGGACAGAGGGCGUGUCGACAUCCGACAUCAUCGCAAGACUUGUAAGAGAUUACGAUAUCUACGUCAGACGGAAUCUAUCAAGAGGUUACUCGGCCAGAGAUCUGAAUGUUGGUUUGUUUAAUGAAACGAAGUUCAAAGUUCAAGACAGCGUGGACAAGGUCCGACAGAGGGUGAGGAGAGUGGAGAGGAGGUCGAAAGAGUUUGUUCAUAAGAUUGAAGACAGGAGUAUUAACUUUCUUCAGAAGUGGGAGGAGAAGUCGAGAGAGAUGAUUGGAAACUUUUUAGAUUUAUUCGGUCAGAAUGGUCCUCUGAACCGGAUGUUCCAAGAUGGCAAGCGAACCCUCCAGAAUGCCAUCUCACCCCCCAGCAGCCCGGGUCACGGAAGCCCAAGUGCAUCCUAUUGGGAUAUCGAAGGCGAUGACAAGUACGAGGAGGAAAGCGAUGAGGAGUAUAGGUAUGGUCUGGGCCAGGAGAGUCUUGAAAGAGACCAGGACGAGCAGGAGGAUGAUGAGGAUGACGAUGAGGAGGAGGACGACGAGGAAGAGGAAGGGGAGCAAAAGAGUGAUACAAAGUUGGACGAUCGCUUAGCCAACAAGAUGCCUUUAUCGUUGCUGUCAACAGGUAGCCAACUGGCUUCACAUGGAACUAUGUCUUGUGAUUCCAAAUGAAACUGUAAGCAGUGCUUUCUGAUCCUUGGAAACAGUGAUUGCAAGGAUGAUAAAAUCAAAAACUUAGAAUAAGCGUCUGCACGGGUUGGACGAACUUAAUCAUCAUAAAUCUACGGACACAGUCAAGAUGGCAAAGGGCACAGCUAAUUACAAUCUAAAGCAAAGCUGUAUAUUAAUCUUCUGGGCGACUCCAGAAAGUAUCUACGCCCGACUCCCUAGAUGUGGGGCAUCCCUGAAAUUGUCUGUCUAUGUUUUUUAGUUCAUGUGAAAACUUAUGAUUCCCUAAAAUUAUCAUGGUUUAAAGUUUUAACCUCGUAUGAAGUAAAGUAACAAAAGAAGAAAAAUUGGGUUGGAUGGACAAAAAAGUUGAUAACUUGCCCGUUUGCAACAUUGUACAAGUACUGUGAAUCUAUUGGCUUCUAUUCCUCAUUCUCUCAGCCAGAUAUGUCAAUCACCUGGCUUCUGUACUCAAUGGCCCGUAUUCUGAAGUCAGGUUUAACUUAGACCAUGGUCUAACUCUGUGCUAACAUUAUGGAAAUCCAAAAAUGUCAAAAUGUUUACUUGCGUUGUAUAUUUCUUAUGAUUAAUGUGCUCUUUCCUAAUUCGUCAUGGUGAAGAAAGCUAUCUUAUUUAUCCUUCCGACCCAGCUUAGAAUGAUUUGAGAGAAAAAUGAGCUGAUACAUUGAAAUUAUACUGUUAUAGAUUUAUGACACUAUUGGCUAUCCAUACUUAAACCACAAUUUAAAGCCUGAGUUUUAAUUAAACCCGACUUCAGAAAUACGGACCAAUAUGUUCAAACUAGGCCUAAGUUAUUAUGUUUAUUUUGAACAACACUAAUAAUAAUGAUUUAAACAAACCUUCCCCAAAAUAAUGUAUAUCAUAGUCCCACAUGUAGACUUUAUUGUUGUAGAUGGAGUGUGACAUCUACUGAAAACAAGCUUUCAGAGUCGAGAAAGAAGUUGAUUUUUAAUAUUUUCUUGAUACAACUACAACUUUCCAACUAAAAAACAAUUUCAAGGAAAUAUGGAAGUUACAAUUGAUCCAAUCAAUCUCAACUGUAUCGAAAUUCAUCCAUACCAUAAUUUUUCUCCGGGAAAUUUGCACAAUCCCCUCAAUAAACAAAGAGAGUCACACUGAAUCUUCAAGAGAAUUACGAAUGUAUGGAAAGAUAAAAGCAGUCUAACACCUUUACAGUAUGUUCGAAUUGCAAGAUCAUUAUUCAGUGAUGCCAACCUUUAUGGUCGAACUCAGGCAGUAUAAUAUUCAGGCCAUUUGAACAGUCUAAUAUGAAUUUAGAAUUCUAGGUGAUAUCCUGGGGGAUGUUUUACAAAGAGUUAAGUAUGACUUGGAGUCACACUUAAAUGCCGUCGCGUAUAUGAUAUGCAACCCGCAAUCUUAUUGAUUAAUACACAGUAGUGGGCGUCCUCUUAACAUGAUCUGACCAAUGCGGUCAUGCCCUUUAUACUGCACGCAACUAGGCAUUUAAGUGCGACUCUACGUCAUACUUUCAUCUUUGUGAAACACCCCCAGGGCCCCAUCUUACAAAGAGUAAAGAUCAAUCGUAACUCUAUGGAAAUCCAUCAGUGUCAUAAUUUUUUCUACAGGAAAUGUGCAAAAUAUCAUUUGUAAACAAAGGAGAACACAUCAAAUUGACAAGAAAUCAAUGAAUUGAUGGAUAUACAUUCAUAUCUAGAAAUUUUUUUGAACAAACAUGUAUUUUAUAUGUUGACUUUGCUGGCUUUCCAUAGUUGCGAUUGAUCGGAUCAAUCGCAACUCUUUGUAAGACAGGCCUCAGGUCUUCUGAUUUAUGAUUUUUUACUUGCAGUUUCAUCUCUAAUUUGCAUGUCUAACUCAAAUUGGCAACGUUUUUCAGGGAAUUUUUAGUUACUACAUCUCUCCAGAUAUCUGAUUUCCUUCAUCCUCACACAACUCAUAACAUGUAAAUCACACAACACUCUGGGGUCAAAGGUCCCAAAUGUAGGAGAUUUUUUUUUUAAAUACUUUAUUUUAAUGUGUGAAGGAAACAAUGGGAAAGUUGUCUAUAUACCACCAUAAUGGCCAGACAGAUGUAGCCAAUAUCAAGAGAUUUUUUUUUAAAUACAAAUCAACUAUUGAGAAACAAAUGGUCUAGUUUUGUACACACUAUUGCCAAUCUGUUUUCUCAUUUGUUUCAUUCAUUAAAGUUACUUAAUUUAUUAAAUGGGGUUAGAUUUCCUU